UGUUGGUAACGAUCAUCCUGGCAGCUAGAGAGAGAAGGAGAAAUAGGGAGGGUGAGAAAUAACGGAAACUAUCAAGAGUGACUGUCUAGUGUCUGUCAGGUCGGAGCUGUCGCUGUAUUUGUGAGCCCUGAGCAGUGGAGCAGUGCGGUCUGGAGAGGCUGUGAUUCCUGCAGUUAGCCGCGAAGCUAACGGUUCAGCCCGGGUCAUCCUGCGCUGUCAGCUCCGCUGCAAACAACACGCCUGCGCCGUUAAAUUACUCUCAUUCUCCGAUUAUGUAGCACUUUACCGGCAAAUUAUCGGGUAGAUAUAAAUGUAUAGGAAUGGCAAACAUUUAAGCACUUAUAUAUUCUGAUUUCUAAGAACAAAACGGGUCAUUCUCAAGGCCUCGGAUGGAACCGCGGCAGCAGCGUGAGAACCCCCCCGGAUCCGGGGAGCCUGAGUCGGGGGAGUGGAGAGAGGAGAGCGCCGCGGUGGAGACCGGGGCGAGGGACGACACCCUGAAAAACAGAAGCGGGGAUGGAGGAAACGAGGAAACCACGAGCAAAACCGAGAACACUGUGGUGGCGGAGAAAGAUAAGGCUGAGUUUGAUGAAGAUGAGGAGCAAUAUGAGGAAGAGCUGGACCCCAGGAUUCAGGAGGAGCUGGAACACUUGAAUCAGGCCAGUGAUGAGAUCAACAGACUGGAACUACAGCUGGAUGAAGCGAGAUCCAGCUAUAGGAGGAUCCUUACAGACUCGGCGCGCAAACUCAACGCUCAGGGCUCUCAGCUGGGAGCCUGCAUCGAGAAAGCCAGACCUUACUACGAAGCCCGAAGACUUGCUAAAGAGGUGUGUGUGUGUGUGUGUGUGUGUGUGUGUGUGUGUUUGAGAGCAAGAGAACAUAACAUAACAAAGAAUGAUGAACGGAACAGGAUAUCACAUUUGACAUGGUGCUGUUUGCAGGUGAACGAGGCAGAAGAGGAGCGUUUGAGGAGCGAGAGGGAGCACCAACAUGUCACUCAGCUUUGUCAGGAAGCAGAAGCGCGUGUGCAGACUUUGCAGAAGGCUCUUAAGAGGGUCAUUAUCAAGUCCAAGCCUUAUUUUGAGCUCAAGGCUCAGUUCAACCACAUCUUAGAGGAGCACAAGUCCAAAGUCGUCCAGCUGGAGGAACGGGUGGCGAAGGUGAAGACCCGAUAUUCUGUCGCUCUCCGCAACCUUGAGCAAAUCAGCGAGCAGAUCCAUGCACAAAGGGGUCGCAUUCGUGCCGCCAGAGAGCGCAACAGAGCCCGUGGAGGGCGGAGCUCUCCGGUGGGGGCGGAGUCUGAGGGUGUAAUCCAGUCAGGGGCGUAUGCAGGGGUGGUGGCCAAUCCUUUAAUGGAUAAUGACUGGGCCGAUCAAGAGAAAACCAGGCAGUGGGUGGAGAAACACAGGGAUGCGGGGUGGGGCAGGAGAGAGAGGGCGGAGAAGGCGGGGUCAGACUCCAUGUCAGUCAUCAGCCUGCAAACCAUCGCCUCCGACCUAGAGAAGUUCGAUUCUGUGGAGCACUUGGGCGACCUUAGUGACGUCGGAAGUAUAAUAGGUGAGGAGAAAGAGGCGGAGAGCGAGAGAGAAUUUAGGGUCGACGAUAGAAUAGUAGAGAGAGAGGUGGCGAACCUCUCGAGACAGGACGCAGAGAAAGGUGCCUCAGGGGCGGACAGACAGCAGAGAGAUAGAGAGCGUGAGAGCUUUGUGAAGCAGCACCACAGAAGUAUUAGUUUGUGAGGAAACAGGAAAUUAGAGUUGCCUGUUACUCCACCCCAAUCUUGGAGGGCUAAAGCUUGCCUGCAGGCUUCCAGGCGAGACUCUCAACUGACUACAAAUGAAUCAGACUGAAAACACUCUGCAUUUGCUUAAAGGUGAAGUGUGUCAUUUCAGCGCCCCUUGUGGCAAAAACAUACAGGUUUCCCGAAACACACUCUGCUAUUGGUUAAAUAAACAGAUGAUCCCACCCCCAAACUUAUGCCUUUGGUUGAGCCAGUGUUGCUGUUUCGGGCUGGUCGGGAUGAUCAAACAAAAAAGUUAACACUCUUCGGGAGAUCAACAUACUAACAGCACUAACUGUGGAAGCCCGUUUCCACUUGAGAGUGGGGGGAGAAAAAAAAAAAGUAAUUUCAGAUCAAAAUAUAUUGUCACAGUUAAGAGAAACAAAGUCACGAUGGGCAUCGUUCAUUAAAGUUUUGUAAAUAUAUGAGUAAAUCUGAAUUAAUUUGCACAUAAAGUGGACCUUCCAGAAAACUGUCCUUCAGAUUCACAAACGCUUCAAACCUCAAAGUUGAUAAUUAAACAAGUAUUAAAUGAAUUCAACAAUCCACAGUUAGCAUAAUUGAAUUACAGCUAUGCAUCAUAUUUGUUUAUUAAUGAGAUUUGUUUUCACAUUUAAUUAAUUGGUUAACUAAUUCAUUUUUUUUAUAUGAAAUUAGUUUUAGGAACAAUUUGUUUAGGAAUUUCAUAUAACGUGACUCCGAAGUUUUACGUCAGAAUGGCUUUAUGAACAAACAAAUUCUUCCUGUUCAUGUUUCAUGAAUGGAGGCCCAUUGUCAGACCUAAAGCAAUUAUGAGAGUCACAU